UCUCUGGGUGGUGUUUUCUCUCUGCGUAGUGUUUUGGGAAACACAUGAUCCAUCUUCGACUGUUGAAGAAAGAUGCAUCGUUAAAACACUCGUAAACCUAAAUUCGGGAAACCGGGCCCAGGUUAGGUGUACGUGUGUCACCUUUUCAGUUCAAGAAACGGGUUUCUCUAUUUGUCCCAAUGUAUAUAUAGUUUUUCCUGGUGGGGUAUCCGUAGUUGGUGAUACGCAUUGUGAAGAAGAAUGUUGAUGUUGUCAAAGUUGAAGAGAAAGACUCAGUGGUAAACAAACUCCAAAUCGUGUAAAUUGCUUGUCCUGGCUGGAGACCUGAGUGAAGGAUCAUGGGUAACACAGGUGACCGGAUGUCCGGUGAUCGCCAUGGCGCUAAGGCCCAUCGAUCGGACAGCAGAGGCAGCGACAAAGACCAUGAGCCCAGCAAGAUGGUGGACAGCACAGACGAUCCUAACAUCUUCAACACACACGGACUGGGGUCCUCCAAGGCCUCGGACAAGGAGGAGCCUGACCUGGAUGACUUGGUGAAGACGGGGCCUCAGUCCAGACCUACAGUCAUCCGCUGGGCCGGAGGAGGGAAGGAGGUCUACAUCGCGGGCUCCUUCAACAACUGGGGCAACAAGAUCCCCCUCAAUAAGAGCCACAAUGACUUUGUAGCGAUCUUGGACUUGCCAGAGGGAGAGCACCAGUACAAGUUCUUUGUGGAUGGACAGUGGGUCCAUGACCCCUCAGAGCCAGUGGUGACCAGCCAGUUGGGCACCAUCAACAACCUGAUCGAGGUGAAGCAGUCGGACUUUGAGGUGUUCGAUGCUCUGCAGGUGGACUCUCUGGAGUCCACUGACAGCUCAGAUCUGUCCAGCUCCCCUCCAGGGCCCUAUGGACAGGAGCAGUACAUGUUUAGGCCUGAGGAGCGCUUCAAAGCCCCGCCCAUCCUCCCCCCACACCUCCUCCAAGUCAUCCUCAACAAGGACACCAACAUCUCUUGCGACCCAGCCUUGCUGCCUGAACCCAACCAUGUGAUGCUCAACCACCUUUAUGCUCUCUCAAUAAAGGAUGGAGUGAUGGUGCUCAGUGCGACUCACAGGUAUAAGAAGAAGUACGUCACAUCUCUGCUCUACAAGCCCAUCUAAUCUGUCUGUGUAGGUGCAGAGUGCUAUAGAGAGUUUACUGAUGAGCUAGGGGGUCUGUGGCUGAGACUGGGGGCAAAUCUCAAAGGACACCCUUUUCCUUGUACAGUGACCUACAGGGCUCCACAAAGGGCUCAAAGUAAUGCACUCGAUGGGGAAUAGGGUUUAAUGUGAGUGUCGGCGUGUGACCCUCACAAGGGAAAAUACUAUAAGAAAAGGGACUGAGAAGGAAACUGCUGUUUAUGUUUGUGUGGAGCACUUAGAUUCUUUGCAUGCUGGUGUGUAGAAAGAACAUUUAGUUCCAUUUAAAAACAUGAAGGUUUGAAGAAAAGUCUUCUGGUGGAACUUGGAAAUGCAUAUAAUCAAGAUGAUGUUUUAUUAAAUGAGCUUUUAAAGGA